CUUUUUAUGCUAAACCAAGUCGCUGAGCCAGCCAGCCGCUAUUAGUUCGGUUCGAACCGUCUGCGCGAUCGGAUUAAAUCGACAGCAUUUGCGCCCUCGCCCGCGUGACCACGUCCGUGUGUGUGCCCCUUACAGCGAGGCAGACCCCAAGAAGCGGAGAACGAAACGAGAAGAAUAUCGUAGGAGAAACACUAACAAUCCCUGUCCCAACUCAGUGUGUGCUUUACUGGUUAUUUAGUUGGAUGGAUUUUUUUUUUCGUGAGUGCAUAUUCCUCGCUUGAUCAUCGGUCACUAUCAAUAGAGAAGUAGUAACCGUACGUAACUGCUCUAUGCCCACGGUGGGUCUAGAUCUGCCCCGUGCAGAUAUUGGAGGACCAGGCCUGGGCGCAUUGUGUCCAGUAGUGCAACGAGACGCAAACGAACCGUGGAUUACUCAACAAAUAAUAGUGCAGUAAUAAUUGAAUGAUCUUCGAGCGCCACACAUCGCCGUUGAAGUGUACAGUGCAGACGCAAAUCAUAAACCAGUUAACAACGACGAUCACCAUGUGGUGGAUUGCGCCGGACUGAUCAUUUUGGACCACCCCAUUAAGUGAGCCACUGCCUGCAAUUGUGUGAACUCGACAAUAAACCUCCUCAACCCCCCGCCCCGCCACUCAAAUAAGCCUCAUCGAAACGAAAGCAGAACACUGGCCACGAGCCGCUCAAUCCUUGAUAUCUCCCAUGUGUGCAGUGAAAACAAAACAACGAAGAAUAAUUAGUGUGACACACAUCAGAACAACUACACGGAUGGUUCGUGCAACAACUGAAGAAGAACAAGCCCAAAAAAAAAUAUUCACAUGUGCCUGUUUGUUUUGCUUAAUUGUUAUUUGUCGUCUCCCAGCGAUUCUUGAUUUUGAGUGCUUUACAUUUUUUCGCUCUGGUGUUUAAUUAAGCAUUAUCGUUCUAUAUUUGAGACGAGUUAACGGAAAACAAAAACCCCUUGACUAAGAAAUAUAAACACCGAUAGUACGCGUCGAAAAGCCAGAAGGAAGAAAUCUUUUUAAUUUUUUCGUUAUAAAAAAAAAUCUUCACGAUAGUGCAGGUGCAGUGCAGUGACACUUUGUAAAAAGUUUCACAGGAACGCAGUGAACAGUUGGUUGAAUAGUUCAUGUAACAUCAAACGGCUAAGUGAGAUCAUAGUGCGGACUUUCACAGCAAUCGUGAGAAACUCCAUGCAGGGAAUCAACCAUUGAAGAUUUCUGUCGAACGAACACGAUUCGCAAGAAGGAGGUUUCACCAGAUUUCCUCAGUCGUCACCAUGACGAACGACAGCAAAGGCAGUACCGCCGGAAAGGCCGGAAAAAUGGAUUCCCGCAUCGGUCUGGAGUACAUCGUUGAAAACAGCGACUACGUCAACAAGCUGGGCCUUGCCUUGGACACCAACAACGCCACGGUGAAGAAGCAAGUGUUCGAGCUCCUAUCGGCUCUGUGUGCCUACAGCUCCAACGGGUACAAGCGGGCGAUUGAAACACUGGAACACUACAAGACUAUCAAAGGCGAGCGCUAUCGACUUAAUAUAGUUGUCGUGGAGCUAGACAAAACAACCUCGGCCGAGUAUCAAAUUGCGUUAUUAGCGUUUAUAAAUUGUGUUAUAAUAUCGGCAGCCACGCUGCAGGAUCGGAUACGAAUGCGAAAUGAAUUUAUAGGUUUAAAUUUACUACCAGUAUUAAACAAUCUCAGGCGCAUCGCCAGUAACGUGCCGGAUAUCGGAGUACAAAUCGACGUGUUUGACGAGCAGCGAGAAUGCGACGAGUCACAGAGCCUGCAAGGGCCCGACGGAAUAAAUUUAAACUCGCAUCUUGAUGUCUUCUACGCGAUACUGCGACAGGUCGCCGGCACCCCGCAGGAGAUACCAUUCCUCAACAUACUGCAGCACCUGCUACAGAUCGAUCCGAAGGAACCGAUCAGCGACAUCAUCUGGGACACCGCCGAAACGCUAGUGCACCGCGCCACCCUGCUAGAAAAUCAGGAAGCCUCCGCACGCUUAUUGCGUUCACCCAGCAUACAAAAAUUUGCUUGCCCCCACUGUCGGAGCGAUAUCACUAGUCCAACCCGAAGGCAAUCGGUUGGCCCCCAAACGCCGGGACCAAACAGCACGAGCUCAAAUCACAUUCCCACCCCUCCGUCCAUCGCAGGAGCUCCGGCGCCACCUCCACCUCCACCACCACCAAACUUGGCACCUCCUCCGCCUCCGCCACCUCCCUGCGCACCUCCACCACCUCCUCCACCAAUGGCAGGCGGUCCAGGUGCACGAGGUGGUCCACCAGUACCUCCCGCACCACCAGCUCCUCCCGCUCCCAAUCUACUCUCCGUGAAAGCCAAUGAACUCACACGACCAAAAACUCCUGAAACGCAGAUCGAAGUCAUAAAACCACUACCGCAGCAGGAAACCCCAGUUCCGCGAUCCAAGAUGAAAACCAUCAACUGGAACAAGAUCCCUUCACAGAAGGUGAUCGGAAAGCCUAACAUAUGGUCCAUCGUGGCCGAUUCCCACCAGGACAGCCCCAUGACCGAUCUGAACUGGGACGAAAUGGAAGGCCUGUUCUGUCUGCAGCAAACCCAGGGCUCGCCUAAACUGGGCCGCGAAAACAGUGGAUGCGAUACACUGGAACGUAAAUCACGCAAAGAAAACGAAAUCACUCUCCUCGAUGGCAAACGCAGCCUCAACGUCAACAUCUUCCUGAAGCAAUUCCGCACUUCCAACGAUGACAUCAUCCAACUGAUACGGAAUGGCGAACACGAGGACAUCGGCUCCGAAAAGCUGCGGGGACUUCUGAAGAUUUUACCCGAGGUCGACGAGCUGGAGAUGCUUAAAUUGUUCGACGGUGACAAUAAUAGACUAGGGAACGCCGAAAAGUUUCUACUGCAACUGAUACAAGUGCCUAACUACAAGUUACGAAUCGAAAGCAUGCUGCUGAAGGAAGAAUUCAAAGCGAACCUGAUUUACCUGGAGCCAAAUAUCAGUGCAAUGCUAUACGCAGGAGAAGAUCUGAUGAACAACAAAGCCCUCCAGGAGGUGCUCUAUAUGGUUGUGGUGGCGGGUAACUUUCUCAACUCGGGUGGAUACGCUGGAAACGCCGCCGGAGUCAAACUGUCUUCGCUGCAGAAGCUGACGGACAUCCGGGCGAACAAACCGGGCAUGAACCUGAUACACUUCGUGGCGCUGCAAGCGGAGAAGAAGAAUCCCGAACUGCUCGUAUUCCCUGGGCAGAUGUUGACGCUGGAGAAUGCUACCAAAACGACUGUGGAGCAAAUUAGUAACGAAACAAACGCCAUCGACAACCGAAUCAAAAAGAUCAAACGACAGAUCGAACUGCCAAAGACCGAACAGGAUAUCAAGUACCAGAUGGAAGAAUUUAUAACGCUAGCGGAACGAGAUAUCAUAAUGCUACAGCGAGGACUGAAAGAGCUGGAAGCCAUGCGUCUUCAGUUGGCCGAUUACUUCUGCGAGGACAUCGGAACCUUCAAGAUGGAAGAGUGCUUCAAGACAUUCCACAACUUCUGCGAAAAGUUCAACCAGGCCGUCAAAGACAACGAAAAGCGUCGUGUGCAGGAAGAACAAGCUCUAGUCCGACGAAAACAACGGGAAGAGCAGUUGGCAAUCAAACGACGACAAUCUAAUCAACCGGGAACUCCAGUGUCCGAUUCCGAGAACAGUUUACUGCUAGAUCCAUUACAGUACGACAUGCGGUACAGUCCAGCGAUGUCUCGAAGGCGGAUAGGAUCGUUCACGAGCAAUGGGGAUCCAGUAUUGCUGAGAGAGGACUGUGCAUCGCCGGACAUCACCCCAAACGGUAGUCUCCGUAGGCGGCGUAGUCGCGUACUCUCCGAAGAGGAUGAAGGUAAUCUCAUGGACUUCCUCCGUUCGUCUGGCCAUGAAAGUGGCAGCCGCGAAAGGAAAUCCGUAUCGUACGGAGGAAGUCUGGAUCGGUCCUGGGCUCGUCGGGCACGGUCCGGCAGUGGCAGCAAGAAACGCCCUGAUCUGCUCAAUGUAGACUUCGGUAAUGAUCGGGAACGUCCGAGCUCACCGUCGCCAUUGGCCGAAAGCAAGCCACUGCCAGUGGAAGAAACCAAACCGAGAAUUUCCAGGGAAUGGCGACAGAAGAUCGAGUCGUGGCUGCAAGCGAAUGAAGCAGACGAAAAGCAGAACGAGGACUUCAAGAAGAAGCGGAAGCUGCUCGCAGUUAAUCGGCGAUCGUAUGAGACUGACAACGAGAGUGAUCGCGGUAGUAAGUUGGAUCCUCUGCCGGAGGAGAAGCCUCCAACAACGAUAUCUCCACCGGAGGUAACGGUCGACCAGAUGCCAUCGAGCUAUAAACGCGUCUACUCCGACUGGAAGCCAUCCAGUGCACUUGAGAAGACUGACGUCAUGGGAACUAUGGAAGCUAUUGCAGGCGCAGUUCCGUCCAUUCAGGACAAGUCGGCAUUGCGAAAAUCUAGUUUGAAUAGUCAAGAAGAUCAGGAUGCCCGACGCUAUCGAAGACAACGAUCGAGAGAGAGUACCGCUCCAAGUUCGAACCUUCAAUCGAUACUCGAAGAGGACAAACGUAAAUCUGUGAUCCAAUCGCUGGGUGAGCGACCACCGUCCGACCGACUGCAGAUCUACAUUCGACGAGGUUCCGACAACUCCCCCCAAUCCGAAAGCACAGUCACCUCACCAAAGGCAUCCACGAGUGCAGCAAGCGAAGAGAACAAGCAAUCUAUCUACAUUCGGCAAACGAACGGCAGCGACUAUGCGAAAACUAAACCCAGCCCGGCAGCGGAAAAGCAAUCGAUAUACAUCCGACCGAACGACAAAACUCCGUCCACGAUUUCAUCCAUCAAUUCAUCCUGCACCAGCACCAGUGAUAACCAGUUACCGGAAAGCGCUCACUCCGUAGCACCACCACCACGAAGAACCCGUCGCACGCACCACAUCUACGACGAACAGACGAACAAUAAGAUCGAAAUCGAUUCCGACAACAUCGAAACGCCACCAUCCAUCCGGAAGAGCUUCAAUCGCGAGCACCAGAAUAUCAGUGGUAACAAUUCCUGCCGAAAACAGCACGGUCCAACCGACCAAACCAACGAAUCGGAAGCGAAGAAAGCGCUUGGCGGUUUGACCGAACCGGAGGUACUAGGCGAUGGGCAGUUUGACCGAUUCUCGUCGGCUCGUCGAACGCGCCGAUUUAAACGGCCAGUAGAUCUGAGUAGUGGCAAUGAAACUACCUCGCCGGAGUCUCUUCCGGACAAUCCACUGGUGGUGGAAACUGCCCGUCCUGUGGUGGCAGCCGUGGCGGAAAUUGAAUCUAACGAGAAGCAAAAGGAACUCCGACUGAAACGUUGGCAGGAUAAAUUGAACAGCCCCAGUGCGGUGGAGGAUAAAGGAAAGACUUCCGAGCCGAGGACGCUGAAAGCAGGUCGCAAUAUGAGUAGGAUCAGUCAGGAAGAUGUCCGGCAGGCUAUCAGGAGUCUGAAGUCGCCUUCGCCCGAAAGGAGCUGGAGUCCUCCAAAGGAGAUAGUUCGCGAGGCGCCUAGUAGUGUUAAGGUGAUCACCCAUGAGUUGAACGAUGAAGGCUUCGAAGAGACGCAAAGCUUAGUUUCCGAUACACCAUCUCACGGGAAGGACAGUACUUCGUCUUGCAACGAUUAUGGUUCAGAUUCGAAGAACAAAAAAAUUGUGAAGCCUUCGGGAAGUGGAGCGGAUAGGAGUCCAAGGAAAAUACCUAUUAGGACUCCUCCGAGCCUUCCAAGUUUGCUGAUAACUAAGCCUCAAUCCGCUUUGGAGCGCAGCAAGUCCCUAAGAGGAACCCCUCCGUCUCUAGUCAACAAGAAUCUGUUACCACGCCGAACGAAUUCGAUGCGAAGGCCCGAAUUGCCACUGCUUAGCAUAAACACGGUCAAACACCAGCAGCAGUUAGAUGUAGAAAGAAGCAAUUCGCGAACCAGCCUUCGUUCGUCGCGUUCAUCGCUCAGCAGUGCAGUCUCGACAAACACAGUCAAAAAGGUGCCAUUACGUCCAAAGUCAUCGCCUCUUACUACUUCCAGUGGGCUUGCCGGAUCAGGCCCAGUAUCUACGACCCUGUCAGCGCAUAGUUCACCUACUAAGAGGCCUCUAAGUGCUGGCAGCGUGAGAACACCUCUGUCGGGAACACCCGCCAGCCGAAGUAGCUCCAGUGGGUCCAGUAUAGGGCAAAGUGGAACGACAGGCAUAGCUGCCAGGAAACCUCCACUGAAAUCCUCGCUGGGACCGAGUACUAGCUUUAAAGAAAACCAAAAUCAAAAUACAGUCCGUAGCAGGUUGCAAUCCAAGACACCCAGUAAUACCAGUAUUGCCAACUCGGGAGGGUCCGUGUCCAGCGGCAGUACGACAAGAGUGGGCACCGCCCGAAGUGGGACGAGCAGUACGCCACGUACGGGUGGAUUCAUGCGUCCAACCACCUCCAGUGCCACCAAGGUGAAAGGAAGUAAAGCGUAGGCUCACAGUGCGUUCCAAGUGCAUUUGGCGGAAACGAAUGUCAGCGCUCAAUUUUCAUUUGACAGCACAGAAAUGUUUGUCCCUUACACACAUUCAAAUUCGACCUCCCGGAAUGCUUUGAACUGUACUGUAGCACCUUCGUCGGUUAGCAUUACCCUUCGGAAUCGCUUUUUUAUUAACUAUAAAAUUGCUAAACAGAAAUCUCCGUCCAUCUAAGUUUU